AUGUCGCAACCGGUUUCAGACGGACAGCGUCGCACUCCACGCACCACGAAUCGUGUCAGGUUUGAUAUUGAAGACGGGGCGGGAGAUGAGCGCCACUCGGGUAGCCCUGAGCGCAUCUCAGGGGAAUCCGCCUCGUCGUGGCUGGAGGAGGAGGAUUAUACCCGCGCGACGAAUCAGCCAGGCAUGAGUGGCUCUGGGCAAAUGGUACCACUCCUCACGGACAUAGAAGCUCCCAGCGUGGCCCUUGCUACCUCGGACGACUUCUUCCCUGAGGAACACCUGGAAAGUGCCAGGCCGCGGAGUGGAAUGCGGAUGGCCUUUAUGAACAUGGCCAAUAGUAUUAUAGGUGCGGGAAUCAUCGGGCAACCCUACGCUCUCAAACAAGCGGGUAUGGUGGCGGGUAUGGUCAUGCUGGUGGCUUUGACGCUGGUCGUGGACUGGACGAUCCGGUUGAUCGUGGUAAACUCGAAAUUGAGCGGCGCGGAUUCGUUCCAGGCUACAAUGCAGCACUGCUUUGGGAGAAAGGGGCUGAUUGCUAUCUCAAUCGCCCAGUGGGCCUUUGCGUUUGGCGGCAUGAUUGCCUUUUGUAUUAUCGUGGGCGACACGAUCCCGCCUGUCCUAAGUGCCUUAUUCCCGUCGCUUCGGGAGACGUCCUUCCUCUGGCUGCUCACCAGUAGACGAGCCAUUAUUGUUCUCCUUAUUAUGAGUAUUUCAUACCCGCUGUCUCUGUAUCGAGAUAUAGCCAAGUUGGCAAAGGCGUCGACAUUGGCGCUGGUAAGCAUGUUGAUCAUAUUAGUGGCUGUUAUUACACAGGGAUUCCGUGCGCCCUCGGAAUCUCGAGGAGACGUUAAGAACUAUCUCUUCGUCAACUCGGGUUUCUUCCAAGCCGUGGGUGUGAUAUCAUUUGCCUUCGUUUGUCAUCAUAACAGCCUGUUGAUCUACGGCUCACUCAAGAAACCAACAUUGGAUCGAUUUGCAAGAGUGACCCACUAUUCUACUGCAGUCUCUCUUUUCAUGUGUUUAUUGAUGGGUAUCUCCGGUUUCAUGUUCUUUGGCUCAAAGACCCAAGGCAAUGUUCUCAACAACUUUCCUCAUGAUAAUAUCAUGGUCAACAUAGCUCGACUUUGCUUUGGCUUGAACAUGCUUACUACCAUGCCGUUGGAAGCGUUUGUCUGCCGCUCAGUCAUGACCACUUAUUACUUUCCCGACGAAUCUUUCAAAAUGAACAGGCACUUGAUAUUUACGACAGCUUUGGUCGGCGCAGCAAUGGCUCUGUCCUUGCUCACAUGUGAUGUCGGAGUGGUACUCGAGCUGGCUGGCGCGACAAGCGCUGCUUCAUUAGCUUACGUUUUCCCUCCGUUGUGCUAUAUCAAACUGAGCAAGGCGAGUCGACGGUCGAAGAUCCCAGCCUAUCUGUGCGUUGGGUUUGGGGUCAUUGUCAUCGGCGUUAGCUUGGUGCAAGCAGUUUUCAUGAUCAUUGAUGGCAGUGACUCAGGUAGCUGCAGCUCUUGA